AUGAGCAGUGCAACACAGGCCACCAAGAUCACACCUGCUGCUGCUGUGAUGGGAAUGCAGGGCACUGUCAACCACCUGACAGAUGUGUUUGAAAGAUUUGUUGUCAGCUCCAUGAAUAGUGGUACCAUGGCAGGUGGCAUGCAGCUUCUGCCUCUACCUCCACCUAGGCCUGAGCCUGAGGGCAGCAUGGACUUGGUGACAUGCGCAGCACACCUAUUGCAAACUGAGGAUGCCAAUAUGCCUCCUGAGCAGCACACUGUCUUGAUAAUGGUCCUGGGUGAGAAGGAUAAUGAGUGUUUCUUGAAGUUCUAUGUGUCCCUCAUGGACAAAGAAACCAGGCAUCCAUUCAUUCAGAAGCUCAUCACAGAUGCAAUGGUGGGCUGA